GUUCCAAAAACGGAACGGACUUUCAUGGUAAGUAACCAUAGCAACUUACUCUCUGAACAUAACCACCUGGCUGAAGCCCAAUUAUCGUUAUACUUGGUGCAUAGUGCACUACGUAUAGUUUACAUGCCUUUAAUUAGACCCUCUACGUAGUGCGGUAAUAUAGGGACCAUAGUGCUAUUUAGGAAAGAAUCUCUGUGGGCUUUUAUUUUGAAAACUGUGAUCCGGAAGUACUCGCAGCUUGCCAACGUUACAGCGUUUCCCAGCUGGCGUUUAGCUGAAGCCCAAGCGAGCAGUUAUUAAUGCAGGGGUUGCAGAAAUACAGUGGAGAUUUAAUCUCUAUCCUUUCGCGAUUAAUUUAAUAAUAAUGUCGUUGGUUACAGUCUCUUAAGAAACUAACUGGAUGACGGGGUAAUUAACGUGCUGCUAGUCGGCUAGGUAGGCUAAUUUAUUGAGGUUGAAGUGAAGGAGCUACAGGUUUUUGCCACUGUGGCAGCAACAACAGAAGAAACCCAAACCCGCCUGAGUGCACUUGUUAGUCGUGUUUAGUUCAGUGUGACUGCUGCAGUGUGUUUACAAGUGCGUGUGUUAUUGUCUGAAUUACAUUGAAUGGAUUAUUUGAUGUAAAAGACCUUCGUUGCGCGCGCUAAUUUGCUAACCAGGGCGAAGAACACACGUUUUUUUAUUGACAUUGCUUCCUUUAUUAGUAUUAAUUGUACAUCACAAACACGUUUUAAUCAGCUGCAGUGAGGUGCUGGUUAAUACAGCCGCUUUAACAUACAGACGGAUACAGAAGUGUUGUGUUGACAUUAAGCUAGCAGAGAGGCUGUGCAGUAGAUUUGUAGUGAAGCUAGUUCGGAUAGCCAUCGGAAAUGGACGACUUCAGUUCAAUAAGCCUGCUUUCUCUGGCCAUGUUAGUGGGAUGUUAUGUUGCAGGAACAAUUCCUCUGGCUGUCAACUUUUCAGAGGAAAAGCUGAAGCUGGUGACGGUGUUGGGAGCUGGUCUGCUAUGUGGUACUGCCCUGGCUGUUAUUAUUCCUGAGGGAGUCCAUGCACUGUAUGAGGAGGUCCUGGAGGGACACCACACUCACGGUCAGGCCGAGGUGUCCGCGCCGGAUCAGAAAGCUGCAGAGUCGGUGGUAGGAUCGAGUCACGAACAUGCGCACAGUCAUGAGGAGCUCCAUGCCUUCAUCGGUGUCUCUCUGGUGAUGGGAUUUGUCUUCAUGUUGCUGGUGGACCAGAUUGGCAGCUCGCACAUACACAGCGGCGAUGAUCCAGAGGCAGCGAGGGCAGCCAGCUCUAAAAUCACCACUACGCUUGGUUUGGUUGUCCAUGCUGCAGCUGACGGAGUUGCACUUGGAGCAGCAGCUUCUACCUCUCAGACGAGCGUCCAGCUUAUUGUAUUCGUGGCUAUCAUGCUUCAUAAGGCGCCUGCUGCCUUUGGCCUCGUCUCAUUCCUAAUGCACGCGGGUUUAGAGAGGAACCGAAUCAGAAAGCACCUGCUGGUCUUUGCCUUGGCUGCUCCUGUUAUGUCUAUGAUCACCUUCCUAGGCCUCAGCCAGAGCAGUAAAGAGGCGCUGUCUGAUGUCAAUGCCACAGGAGUGGCCAUGCUGUUCUCGGCCGGCACUUUCCUCUAUGUUGCCACGGUGCACGUCCUGCCCGAAGUGGGAGGAAUGGGUGGGCACAGCCACUCGGCCGGAGGAGGAAAAGGACUGAGCAAGCUGGAGGUGCUGGCACUCGUCAUAGGCUGCCUCAUCCCUCUCGUGCUCUCCGUUGGCCACCACCACUAAAAAUGGAGAAGAAAAAAAAGACUUUCGUGAACAGUGGACUUUUAAAAGUGGUGGCCGAUUUAUCUCAUCAUGCCUCUGUAUGGAUCAGAUCUGCAGCACAGAAAUGGACUUAUCGGGCAACUGUGAGAUCACAUGACCAUAACCCCAAAGUUCUAUGUGCUGAUGACAGGCAUUAACCGUACAUAAACAAGUGAUACCACAGGUUCAUGCUUUUUAUGGUAGGGUUGUUUUUUUGUUUUUUUGUUCCUUACUCUACACAUUCUUUUUCUUCCAUUGUGUUUUCUGAAAUGUUUCUCUUUAACAAACGUAACGGUGAACUACAACUUUUUUAAAAAAAUUUUUUUUUAUAUAAUUUGUGGUGAGUGUCAUAACCAUUUUGAGUCACGUGACGGAAACUUUUUAUUCUGACUGUGAUUCCCUGUUUUCUUUCAGAUUUUUUUUCUCUACACAACAGUAUGGAUUCAGUGAAUGACAGUUUAUCUUGGUUCUUCACAUGUGACUUAUAGUGUUAGUCGUCUGAGCUUCAGAUUAGACUUCAUAUCUGAGCUGUAUGGCCAUAACAUGUAGACAUUUGUGCAGCAAUAGAGUUUUUUCCAGCAUACAGCUUGUGGUUGAUUAGUAUUUUCUGUUCUAAUGAAUUGAGGAGGAGGAUUUUGUUUUGUUUAAUUUAUUAUCUUGAACAAAUAGUUCUGAAAGUUUCUUAGGUGUAGUUGCUACACAGCAUCCACUUAAUAUCUAUUUUCUAAUCUGCCAAAUUUUUUUGAAUAUUUCAUUUUUAAACAAAAUGGUGAAAUAGAAAUGGUGUCUAUUUCCGGUGUUGAAAAGCUGAAACGAUGGAAGGCUUUUAUACACUCAAGGGACCAUAGGUAAUGUUGAAAAGAGGUAAUGAGCGGUAGAAUGGUGUAUAAUUAUUUAACAUGCCGGCUAUUUUAAUAGCGGUUUAAAUUGUGGGGAAGCUAUUUGGCUAGAAGGAUCUGCUCAAGCUUUUUACUUGUUUGUGUUUGUUACGUGUCACUCACACUCAGCUGCUGUUCACUUUGAGAAGCAUCUCUGAGCUCUGCUGAUGUGGUCAGGGUGGGAUGCUUUUACUGUAAUUAUUGUGGUGCCUGCUCAAAGCAGAGCCUCUGUAUAUAAUGCAUUGUGUACAAAUAAGUCAGAUGAGCUUAAUGAAAACUUCACUUGUAGCCCUCCUGUACUGAGUUUAUACUCAGGCUUUUAGUACAGUUAAUAAUGGCAAAGGUUAAUGGGGUUGAUUCAUGUGAUGGGUAAGGUAAUGUAAUAAAUUUACAUUGAAUCACAAUAAUGCUACAUUUUCACGAGUCCUGAUUAUUUUGUGUCAAAAUUACUUCUAGUACCAAUGAAACAACCUGUGUUAAAUUAGUAGGAUUCUGGCAUUAUUUCUGGAUUUCUGAGUUAAUUAAGUGUGAGUGUGGCAAAGCAAAGAUUUAAAGAUUCAUACAUGAGGACUAUAGGCUUAUAAUGUACUCACCAUCCACUUUUUUGAGGAACACGUGUACAUCUGGACAUUAAUGCAGUUCUCUAAUCAGCAAGUCAUGUAGAUACAGGGCAAGAGCUUCAGGUAAUGUUCACAGCAAGCCUCAGUAUGAAAAAAUAAAUCACUGUGACUUUAACCGUGGUAUGGUUGUUAGUGCCAGAUGGGCUGGUUUCAGUAUUUCAUAAACUGUUGAUCUCCUGGGAAUUACACACGCAACAGUUUACACAGAACGGUGCAAAAAUAUUUUUAAAAAACAUCCUGUAAGCGGAGGGUCUGAAACGCCAUGUUGUUGAGAGAGAUCAGAGGAGAAGGACUAGAAUAGUAAUAGUAACUCAAAUCAUCUUUGCAACCAUGGUGAGCAGAAAAGCAUCUCAGACUGCACAACACAUCAAACCUUGAGGUGGAUGGGAUACAACAGCUGAUAACCACCUCAGGUUCCACUCCUGUCAGCCAAGAACAAGAAUCUGAGGCUAUCAUGGGCAGACUGAAGACAAAGAAAAAGACCAGGUAAUUUUAUUUCUAAUCUAACCAAACUGUCCAGUUUGGGUGAGUCUGUUCCCAUGAUUCUGAUGUGAACAUUAACUGACGCUCUUGACCUGUAUCUAAAUGAUUUUUUGCAUUGCUCUGCUGCCACAUGAUUGGCUGAUUAGAUAACUGCAUGAAUGUACAGGUGUUCCUAAUAAACUGGAUGGUAUGUGUGUAUGUACAAUGUGAUUGUUUUCUUUUGACAUGUUUACUCUUACCACCCCAAUUUUAUUUAUUAAAGACUGACAUACUAUAAGUUUUAUCUAUUAAUAUUUAUAUAUGAUGAUUUGGAACAUCUUUGAAACAAGGUAGUUCCUGCUAUCAAGUCAUAGUAGUUAUAAUCCGGUGCUUCCUCACCAGCCUUUUUUUUUUCUCCUUCUUGCAGUUAUGUUGCAUUCGACUAAUGUCCUCUGACUUGCUUGUGUUGCUUGUCGCCUAAAUGAUUAAACCAUUUUACUUCAUGUCAUACUUUUGUGUAAAUAAAAAAGCUGGCCACAUUUGAUCCAUGAAUAUCUGGUAUCUUUUAUGCCGGACUUCACUUAGCAGCACCUUUUUGAUGUCUCUCAAAUGGGAGUCUCAGUUUCUGCCAAUUGACUGCAUUAAGUACUCUUAGAUCUGCACUAUAUAUAUUCAGUAUAAACAAGCUGUGAUGGUUUGUCUGUCUGUCCCUAAUGUGUAUCAGUUAAAAAUAGCUAUAACGCUGUGAACCUGACUUGCAGAAAGCCUUAUCGUUGAUUAAUGCACUGUGAAAGUGGGCCGUUGCUCUUUUGUUGGAAGUGUGAGCGUUUCUUUAGUCGCACUGAUUUAACCGAU